AUGGGUUCCACCGUACCCGCCAACGAUGACAUCGCCAUCAUCGGCAUGGCAUGUCGCUUCCCCGGCGACGCCACAAAUCCCUCCAGACUAUGGGACUUGCUGAUGGACGGCAGGUCGGCCUGGUCUCCGGUACCAGCGACGAGAUGGAACCAAGACGCACACUACCAUCCCUCGCCGGAGCACGCGGGGAGCAACGUGGUCAAGGGCGGGCACUUUUUGCGAGACGGCGAGCAGAACGGCAAGCAGUUUGACGCGGCAUUCUUCAACAUUCCCCGCACAGAGACGGAAACCAUGGAUCUGCAGCAGAGGGUAGUCAUGGAAAACGUCUACGAGGCAAUGGAGAGCGCGGGCCUCCGCCUCGAGGACGUCAAGGGCAGCAAAACGAGCGUGUUCGCGGGCGUCUUCACCGACGACGUGCGCUCCAUCCUGCAGGAAGACCCAGACUUGUCCGUCAAGUACAAGCCCAUCGGCACCAGCGCGGCCAUCCUCGCGGCGAGAGUAAGCUGGUUUUACGACCUGCGGGGGGCCAGCUUUACCCUCGACACGGCAUGCUCGGGGAGUAUUGUGGCGUUGCACACGGGAGCCCAGGACCUCCGAGCCGGGCUCAGUGACAUGUCCAUCAUCACGGGCGUCAACAUAAUCGAGUCGCCCGAGUUCAUGUUCCGUGCCAGCGGCCUCGGCAUGGUCUCGCCCGACGGCAAGUGCUACUCGCUGGACUCGCGCGCCAACGGCUACGGCCGCGGCGAGGGCGUGGGGACCGUGAUCCUCAAGCCCGUGUGGGCGGCCAUCCGCGACGGCAAUGUGAUCCGCGGCGUGCUGCGCGGCACCGGCGUCAACUCGGACGGGCGCGGCACCGGCGGCAUCACGCUGCCCAACAAGGCGGCCCAGGAGCGUCUGAUAAGAGACGUCUACUCCCGCAACAACCUGGACACCGACCACACCGGCUUCAUAGAGGGCCACUUUACAGGCACGCCGGCCGGCGAUCCGACCGAGGCCAGCGCCAUUGCGUCCGUCUUCCAGCGCGGCGGACCAGCGGCCAAGCCUCCGCUGUAUGUCGGUGCCGUCAAGGCGAAUAUCGGCCACUUGGAGGCGGCUUCCGGGAUGGCUCAGAUCAUCAAGACGGUCUUGGCGCUGGAGAAUGGUGUCAUUCCGCCCAACACCAACUUUGAAAAAAUCAACCCCCGGAUACCCAUCGAAAGAUGGGGUCUCAAGCUGCCUCUUGUCCCGACGCCGUUUGAACCGGGACCAUUGGGGGUGCGGCGGGCAAGUAUCAACAGUUUCGGGUUUGGAGGCACCAACGCCCACGUCGUAAUAGACGAUGCAAGGAGCUACCUGGAAAACCUGGGACUGGGCGACAGGAGCCACCUGCACGUCACGAAAUCAAACACAUCACUGACACCAGCACCGGAAGCCAACGACGCUGCCCCACGGCCACAACCACCUGCUCACAAGGUCUUUUUGGUCUCGGCCAACGACCAAGACGGCAUCUCACGGAUCCUCGCCAGCCUGGCAGAGCACCUGCAGAAGCAGACAAACCAGGACGGAACCCUCAAGAUCGACGACGCAUACCUCACCAGCCUCGCCAUGACGCUGUCGGAGCGCCGCUCGCGCCUCUCGUGGCGCCUCGCCGUCACCGCCGACACGGCCGCCUCCCUGCUGAGCGCGCUGACCGACCCCGCCACCACCGCCGACGCCGUCCGGCCCGGCAAGGCCAACACGCCGGCCGCGGCCUUCAUCUUCACCGGCCAGGGCGCGCAGUGGUUCGCCAUGGGCCGGGAGCUGCUCGCGUACGACGUGUUCCGCGCCAGCGUCGCCGAGGCAGACGCGUUCAUCGCCGGCACGCUCGGCGGCGGCUUCAGCGUGCUCGAGGAGCUCGCGCGGCGCGACGCCGACGCCACCAAGAUCGACCAGCCCCUGUACUCGCAGACGCUGUGCACCGUGCUGCAGGUCGCCCUGGUGGAUCUGCUGGCCAGCUGGAACCUGCUGCCCCGGCGGGUGGUCGGCCACUCGAGCGGCGAGAUCGGCGCGGCUUAUGCGGCGGGCGCGCUGGAUCGCCAGUCGGCGUGGAAGGUGGCGUACUGUCGUGGCGUGGUCAGCGCAAAGCCUGCUGCUGGCGAUAAGCGCGGUGCCAUGAUGGCGAUUGGGUGCACCGCCGAGGAGGUGGCGCCGAUCAUUGCCGAGGUCGAGGAGAAGCUGGGCGCCGGGGAGCUGGUGAUUGCCUGCUACAACUCGCCCCACAGCCUCACCAUCUCAGGAGACGAGGCCAAGGUGGAUGCGCUGGUGGAGAUUGCGAGCAGCAGGAAGCUCUUUGCGAGAAAGCUACGCGUGCCCAAGGCGUACCACUCCAGCCACAUGCUGCCCGUGUCUGACGAAUACCGUUCGCUCAUGGGCACCCUGACCGGCACCCCCUCGCCCGACGUGCAGGUGGCGUCGUCGGUCACGGGCGGCCUCAUCCCGGCGGGCGACAUGACCAGCGCCGACUACUGGGUGCAGAACCUCGUGUCGCCCGUGCGCUUCUCGCAGGCCCUCGUGGCGCUGUGCACGGCCAACGUGGCCCGGAAGCAGCUCAAGGUGGGCGGCGGCGCCGAGCUCCCCGUGUCGCACCUGGUGGAAGUGGGCCCGCACGGCGCGCUGCAGGCCGCCGCCCGCGACGCCGUGCUCAGCGACCCCAACUACCGCCACCUGCGCUACGUGUCGGUGCUGACGCGCGCGAGGCACGCCUGCGCCACCGCCCUGCGCGCCGUCGGCACCCUCGCCGCCGCCGGCCUGCCCGUCGACCUGCGCCGCGUCAACCGCGUCGCCGACGCCCAGCCCCUGCUGGUCGACCUGCCGCCGUACCCGUUCCACCACGCCAGGGAGACGCACUCGUGGCUCGAGUCGCGGACCAGUCGCGCCUGGCGGUUCCGCAAGCAUGCGCGGCACGACGUCCUCGGCGCGCCGGUGCGGGACUGGGAUCCCGACGCCCCGCGCUGGCGCAACCACCUGCGCGUGGCCGAGGUGCCCUGGCUGCGCGACCACAAGGUCACCGACAGCAUCGUGGUCGCCGGCGUCACGUACCUGGUCAUGGCCGUCGAGGCCGUGCGCCAGCUGUACGGCGACCGGGGCGAGGCGCCGCUCGGCUUCAACCUGCGCGACGUGAGCAUCUCGAGGGCGCUGCAGGUCGGCGAGGACGAGCACGCCGAGACCAUGUUUUCCAUGCGGCGCGUCGCCGAGUCGAGGCAGGCCGACAGCAGCACGUGGUGGGAGUGGAAGGUGACCUCGUUUAGUCCGCACGACGACGCCUGGCUGGAGCACAGCCGCGGCCAGAUCGCCGCCGAGACGAGCGCCUCGACCGCCACGGGGGUGAUCGACGACGGGCGCGAGGAGGAGGCGAGGCGUCGGCGUUUUGGCAAGCUGCUCUCCACCGCCACGCAGGCCUGCACCGCGCCGCAGACCGAGGCCCUGCCCAGCAAGUACGCCGAGCUCGAGCGCAUCGGGCUCGGGUUCGGGCCUCUGUUCCGCAACGUCGCCAGCAUGCACAACAACUCCAGCGGCGACAACAAGACGCGCGGCCAGUCGCUCGCCACCAUCCGCAUCCCCGAUGUCGCCAGCGCGAUGCCGGCGCGCGCCCUCGCCCCCUCGGUCAUCCAGCCUCCCGUGUUCGACAGCAUCCUGCAGUCCUUCAUCUUUGCCCUGCAGGCGUCUGCCGAGCGGCUGACGGAGCCCAUGGUGCCCGUCGCGAUGCGCAGCGUGUGGGUCAGCGCCGACGUCGAGGCCCAGCCUGGUGCGGAGCUCAAGGUGCACGCCUCGGCCGGUCGCGUCGGCCACAAAAAGGUCGAGGCCGACAUUACCACCUGGAGCAGCACCGCUGCCGGGACGCCGGUCAGGGUGGUGAUGCGCGGGAUUGAGGCGGUUCCUCUGCAGCAGAGCACCGCGUCGGGCGAGUCUGGCAGCAGCGCGCGGGAAAUCUCCUUCAACCUGGAGUGGAAGCCCGACGUGGACAUACUGGAAGCCAACGGGGAAGCCGAGGCCUGCAUGCGCCGCGCCCUGCAGCCGCUCGAGACUCCAGACCUCGAAGCGGCCGCCGUCAAGCAGCUCGGCGACGUCCAGCUGGCCUGCGCCAUUUGGAUCCUCGAGGCCGUCAAGGAGCUCGAGGCGCGGCCUCUGGCGGACGAAAAGGCCCUGCCCGACCACAUGCAAAAAUACCUCGGCUGGCUGCGCCGGAUCGCCGACGACUACAAGCACAACAGGGUGCUCCGCCAGGACCCGUCGUGGGCGGCCGUGGUGGACGACGCCGCGGCCCGCGACAGGUUCAUGGCCGAGUACGAGGCCAGCGGGCACCCCGAGGCGCUCAUGAUCAACCGCAUGGGCCGCAACAUCGCCGCCGUCCUGCGCGGCGACGUCGACGGCCUGCAUCUGCUGUUCGGCAUGGACGACAUGCUGGAGCGCGUCUACCGCGUGGCCAUCGGCACGCAAAAGAUCCACACCCUGAUGGGGGCGUACACCAGGGCGCUGAGCCACAAGCGCGGCGCGGACCUCAAGGUGCUGGAGAUCGGCGCCGGCACCGGCGGUACCACGACCAGCAUCCUCGAGGCCGUCUGCCCGCACGGCACGCGCGUCGUCGGCGAGUCGCGUCUGCUCAAGUACACGUACACCGACAUCAGCCCCGGCUUCUUCGAGACGGCCGCCGGCAAAUUCGCCAAGUGGAAGAACGGCGGCGUCCUCGAGUUCAAGACGCUGGACAUCGACCGCGACGUCGAGGCGCAGGGCUUCGACCUGGCGUCGUACGACCUCGUCGUCGCGGCCAACUGCCUGCACGCCACGUCGGACAUCACCAAGACCAUGGCGCGCGUCAACAGCCUCCUGAAGCCCGGCGGCAAGGUCCUCCUCCAGGAGACGACCGAGAUCUGGUGCCUCGAGUCCCCGCUGGUGUUUGGCAUGCUCGCGGGCUGGUGGGCCGGCAGGGAGGACUUUCGCCCCUGGGGUCCGCUGCUGGACGGAAAGGGGUGGGAGCAGGUGCUGCGCAACGCCGGCUUUGCCGAGACGGUGCUGGAGCUCAAGGACUCCCCCAGGGAGGAGCUCCACGUGCAGAGCAUGAUUGUGGCGACGAGGCCGGCCGAGGCCAGCAAGCAGCUGGAUGACGACGAUGUUAUUCGUAGGGUGUUUGUGGUUGCCCACACGACGCCAGAGGAUGUUGCCCUGGCUGCGGCGGUGUCUGCUGCUGUUGCAGAGGUGACCAAACUGGACGUCAGUGUUGUUCCUUUUGCCGACCUCGCCCAGCACCAACUGAAAAACACCUGCUGUAUCGUCACCAUGGAGACCACCGCUCCGUUCCUCGCGUCGUCGUUUAGCGAAGCCGAGUUUGCCCUCCUCCGCCAGCUGCUGACCACUGCUGGAGGCCUGCUCUGGCUCACUCUCGAUCCGCACGAGAACCCACACAUGGCUCUGAUCCCGGGUCUUUUGCGCACCGUCCGUUGGGAGCGAGACCUGGACGGCUCAGACCUCUUGCUCAUGCACCUCCCGUCCUCGGAGACCUCUCUGGUUGUUUCCAACGCCGUCAAGGUCUUCAAGCAUCACUUUGGCGGACCCUUCAUCUCCCCCGAUCGCCACGCCGACUACCUGGUCAGCGAAGUCGACUCUGCCGACGGCGGCUACGUCCAGACCGCGCGGAUCGUCGCCGCUCCUCCGGUCAACCGGUUCAUCGCGCAGAGGACCACGGAGCUGCAGCCCCAACGCCAAGCCUUUGGCGCGGACCCCGAGCGCAGCCUCAAGCUGCACACCUCGGGGCCGGGGAACCUCGACAAGCUGCACUUUGUCGACUGGCCGGGCGCGCAGCAGCCCCUCGGCGGCGGCGAGGUACAGGUCGACAUCCGGGCGGCGGGGCUCAACUUCCGCGACGUCAUGGUGGCCAUGGGCGAGCUGGCAAACAACAUCCUCGGCUACGAGGGCGCCGGCGUCGUCACCCACGUCGGCUCCGAGGUGGCCGACGUCGAGGUCGGCGACCGCGUCAUCGUCGUCUGGAACGGCGACAACAACUGCCUGCAGACCCGCACCAGGGUGCCCCGCGAGCUGCUGGCCAAGAUGCCCGACGGCAUGUCGUUUGAGGAGGCCGCCAGCAUCCCCGUCGUCUUCGUCACGGCCUACUUUUGCCUUUACGAGGUGGCGCGUCUGCAGCCCGGCGAGACCAUCCUCGUCCACGCCGCCGCGGGCGGUACGGGCCAGGCCGUGAUCCAGCUGGCCAAGCAUUUGGGCGCCGAGGUCUACGCGACGGUGUCGUCGCGCGAAAAAAGAAAGCUGCUGGUCGACGAAUACGGCCUCGCCGAGGACCACAUUUUUAGCAGUCGCGAUUUGUCCUUUGCCGACGGCGUUAUGCGCAUGACCAACGGCAGGGGCGUCGACGUUAUUAUCAACUCCCUCUCGGGCGAGGCCCUCCGCGCAUCCUUCAACUGCAUCGCCAUGUUUGGGCGCUUUAUCGAAAUUGGCAAGCGCGACAUCAUGGCCAACGCCAAAAUCGACAUGCUGCCCUUCAGCAGGUGCGCCACCUUUACGGCCGUCGACCUGGCGCAGAUCGCCACGCUGGCGCGGCCCCUGACCUCGCGCAUCCUGCGCUCCGUCGUCGACCUGCACGCCGCCGGCAAGCUGCACGCCUGCCGCCCGCUCAACGUCCACCGCUUCGCCGAGCUGGAGGACGCCUUCCGCCUGCUGCAGCAGGGCAGGCACAUGGGCAAGGUCGUGCUGGCCGCGCACCCCGACGACCUCGUCAAGGUCGUCCCCAAGCCGCCCGCCCCGACGCGCCUGCGCCCCGACGCCACCUACCUCCUCCCCGGCGGCGCCGGCGGGCUGGGCCGCUCCAUCGCGAGGUGGAUGGCCGCGCCGGCCCAGGGCGCCAAGAACGUCGUGUUUCUGUCGCGCGGCGGCGCCGACGCCCCGACCACGCGCGAGCUGCUCGCCGAGCUUUCAGGCAUGGGGGUGCGCGCCACGGCCCUGAAAUGCGACGUCGCCGACGAGGCGCAGCUGGUGGCGGCGCUGGCGCAACUCAAGCGGCAGGGCUUCCCGCGCAUCGCGGGCGUGAUCCAGGGGGCGAUGCAGCUGCGCGACUCGGCGUUCGAGUUCAUGACGCACGCGCAGUGGGCCGAGUGCCUGGGCCCCAAGGUGCAGGGCACGUGGAACCUGCACCGGCACGCGCCGGCCGACGUGGACUUUUUCGUCAUGCUGGGCAGCGUGGCCGGGCUGGUCGGCAACCGGGGCCAGUCCAACUACGCGGCGGGCAACACCUUCCAGGACGCGCUGGCCGUGCACCGCCGCGCCCGCGGGCUGGCCGCCACCUGCAUCGACCUCUGCAACGUCAUGAGCGUGGGCUUCGUCGCCGAGAACCAGGAGACGCUCAACAAGAACCCGCUCUUCUUUUACGCGCACGACGGCAUCCGCGAGGACGAGUUCCUGAGCCUCGUCGAGUUCCACCUCGACGCCGAGCGGGCGCGCCACGGGGGCCAGCCGCAGAUCGGCGUGGGGCUGGCCCCGCUGUCCGUGUUCCAGGACCGCGGCCUGCCCGAGCCCACCUUCAUCAAGUCUCCUCUGUUUAGGCAGAUGCGCUCGGCGGGCGGCGCGGCGCUGGCGGACGCGGCGGAGCAGGGCGGGGCCGUGUCGGUCGCCAAUGCGCUCAAGUUUGCCGCGAGCCACGAGGCGGCGGCGCAGAUCAUAUGCGAUGCCCUGGUCAAGCGCAUCAGUCGCACCAUGCGCAUUGCAGAGCCCGAUAUUGACAUUGGCAAGCCCAUCCACGCCUACGGGGUGGACUCGCUGGUCGCCAUGGAGAUACGAAACUACCUGGCCAGCGAGUGUGGAGCGGCCAUUUCCGUCCUGGAGAUUAUGGGCAACAAGAGCAUGGAGGUUCUGAGUGGCGAUGUUGCCAAGGGGAGCAAGUUUGUGGCGGGGGAAGCGAAAUAAUGCUUGUGCGGCGUGUGCUAGUCUUUUACAAUCUAGAACUAGGUCUAGAACUAGAGUAGUAACUGUUGAAAUAAUUAAAACAAUCAAAGUAAAAACUGG